AUGGCGACUCCGGUGGGUCAUCUUUUUCAAGUUUGGGUCGCUAAAUGUGGGAUAGCGACCCAAUUUAGCGACCCCCGUGGAGAUGCUCUUAUGACGGAAAUGGCCAAGGAGAUAUAUUGGAAGACUUCCCGUCAACAUCUGCGGGUCUCCCAGAGCCGGUUUAGAGCCUCGAAAUUCAAAUUUCCCUUCAAGAAUCAAGAAUCUUUGGGUCUAGAUUGA